UGACAGUGCCCUUUUUUCACCUUCUUGCUGUUUCUUUCCUCACCUCCAGCUGUCCCAGAGAUAAGCAUCAUGGAAGCACCAAACUUGUUGGAGAAUGGAAAUAUUCCACAAAAAAGGAAAUUCUCCUGCAGUCAAGUGGCUUUUUAUGCAUCAGCAUUUCUCUUGACUCUGAUUUCUGUCCUGGCUCCUAUAGUCUUCUGUGUGCUCCAUCAUAAGCAGGCACCAGGGACGUGCUGGGCCCAUGCGUCUUUGAAAGUCUCUUCUACACCUACCUCUGAAGUUACCUGGACCUGGGAGUGGAACUUAACACACUGCGAUGGAUUUGUGGAGAAGGACCCUAACCACCUGACAAUCAUGGAGAGUGGCAACUACUUCAUCUACGCUCAGGUCAACCGCAAAAAAGACAUGAAUGAGUCUUUUACAGUGGUACUGUACAAAGAGCCAGAUAUCCUUCUCAACAAGGUUGUGGGACUAAACGUGGGGGUUGACAAGGCUACAAUAAGUUUUGGGAGACCGUUCUCCCUGCACAAGGGAGAUAAGCUAUGCUGUAAGAUGAAUUUUAAGCAUGACUAUAUUCUGGCAGAGAAUCAGACUUACUGGGGUCUGUAUAAAAUAUAGCAGGAUUCUGCUUUGAGUUAACUCCUCCCUUACUCCCUCCAGGAAACCUUAGGGCACUUAUCAUUGCGAUUUUUCUUUGUGUGAAAUUCAAGGUGAUGGAAUAAAUAUCAUAGUCAGGCUGAUAUCCUGCAGUGACAGAGUAAGAUGAAGACAAAGUGCACAGAAAACUUUGGUAAUAAUGGAUGUCAACUAACUGUCAUGAGGUAUGAAAGAAAGAUACUUCUGGGAGGAAAAAAACUUAAAAACUUUACAGGGGAUGCCCCUAAGAUCCUGGAAAAAUGAGUUGUUAUAUUCAAUCUGUCCUCUGCUGUGUAGCUGGUUGCAUUUCAGAGCUGGGUGUGUGUCAGUACGUUGGGGUCCCUUCUAAUGAAAGGUGCUAUGUAAAGCUAAGGUAUUCUAUAUCAUUCCUGCACAGCCUGCCCAUGAAGCAAUGAGUCUAAUGCAGAGGGACAAAACAGUUUAGAGACGGUUUGUGACAGAAAGAAAGCUUCUCCCCUCCAUCUAUAGCUUUGCCCUCUAUGCCAUCAGCAAGGGAAAUUUCACAUUGGAGUUGCCCCAGGAAAGCUCCAUCUUCUUGGGUAGUUCAGAGCACAAGGACCUUUUCAUUUAAGCUCAAGCAGCGAUGUGCCUCUAUGAAUUCAAGUCGGUUCACUCACUGGUUCCAGACGCACACAACACACUGACCUCGCCGUUCCAGUCAAUAUGGAUGCUCGCAUCCAGUUGCCAUACAGGGUGCAUCAGUGCUGGCUGAGUAGCCCAGAAACUCAAUGGAUGUUGCAAUAGGUGUAAUAUAUAAGCAGAUAUUGCAGAGAAGAAAAAAUGA